GAUUGUUCCAUCUCGGUUCCUUUUCAGAUCCAUUUUUUUCACCUAAAGGUCCGGGGUUUCUUCUCUCAUUGGACACUGACCCAUUAGUGGACUGUGUUCUCCCGUCCUCGUGGACGCACCGCCAUCUGCAUCGUCAUCGGCAUUCCGAACAAACACUUCUUCUUUUCCAACUACUUGAGACUGUUGCUCUUCAUUCUCUAUCCUACUACUCUACGUGUACUUGAUACACAGUACCCCAUACACUCCAUACCCAUAAUCCCGUCUCAGGAGCGUCUGAAACACCGAACAACGGUCCUGUCAAUCCUUACGGCACCCGCUGCUCGUUUUUCGUCGCCCUCCUGCCAAUCUCUCGGCUCCCCUGCUGAAACUUCGGAUGAGACUGUGAUUGGAACAGCGUCUUAAGUGCGACCAUGUCCUACAACCGCUUAGAUCCAGACCCCUACGGGGAUGAAGAUAAUCAUAUGAUGCAUCCUUACGCCCAGCGCACACCCUCGCCGGGGCACCCAUUGAACGGGUAUCAGCUGUCAGAUAAUCCCUAUGCGCCUCAGGGACACCUGGAAAUGCCCUCCAGCGACCGUUUGGCCGAGCAACCGACAUACUCGGUGACUAGAUUGCCCAAUUCCUACGGACAUAAUGAAUCCUACGAAGAGCACGGCCCCAAUGUCGGUUACCCUGGUUAUGACUACACCCUCGACCCCGAGGCCCACCAUGACGCCUACUACACCGAACCGUACCGGCCAACGGCCACGCCAGAGGAGGACUAUGACCUGGGACAUCAGCCAAACUACCAAGAUGAUCAUACUCCCAUUUUGCAGAACCCAGAAAACCCCUUUGGCCCGGAUAACUACAGUGACGAGUACCAAGACGACCCGGGGCUCGCCCACACACCCAGUCCGGCCCCGCUCCGGCGAUGGAAGACGGUCAAGGAAGUGCAGUUGUUCAACGGAAACCUCGUGCUCGACUGUCCUAUCGCACCGCGACUGCUCUCACAAGUGCCCCAUGCUGAAGCUCCGGGGCGUGACGAGUUCACGCAUAUGCGUUACUCGGCUGCGACUUGCGAUCCGAACGAUUUCUUUGAGGAGCGCUUCACGCUGCGUCAGAAACUGUUCGCGAAACCGCGACACACAGAAUUAUUCAUUGCCGUCACCAUGUAUAACGAAGAUGACUUCCUGUUUGCGCGCACGUUGGGCGGUGUUUUCAAAAAUAUCGAGCACAUGUGCUCGCGCACGAGCAGCAAAACCUGGGGCAAGGAUGCGUGGAAGAAGAUUGUCGUUUGUGUGAUCAGUGAUGGUCGUGCUAAGAUUAACCCACGGACUCGCGCCGUGCUGGCUGGUUUGGGUGUCUACCAGGACGGAAUCGCUAAACAGCAGGUCAACGGCAAGGACGUGACGGCCCACAUUUACGAGUACACUACCCAGAUGGCUGUAGAACUGAAAGGCCAUCACGUCUCGAUGAAGCGCGGCGCAGUCCCAGUGCAGAUGAUCUUCUGCUUGAAGGAAAAGAACCAGAAGAAGAUCAACUCCCACCGUUGGUUCUUCCAGGCAUUCGGUCGCGUGUUGGAUCCCAACAUCUGUGUCCUUCUGGACGCGGGAACAAAACCCGGAAAGGAUUCCAUCUACCACCUGUGGAAGGCUUUUGACGUGGAGCCCAUGUGCGGUGGUGCCUGCGGUGAAAUCAAGGUCAUGUUGUCGCACGGAAAGAAGCUCCUCAAUCCGCUAAUCGCCGGUCAAAACUUUGAAUACAAGCUGAGCAACAUCCUCGACAAACCGCUCGAGUCGUCGUUUGGUUUUAUCACUGUCUUGCCGGGUGCCUUCUCCGCCUACCGAUUCGUCGCUCUGCAAAACGACAAGAAUGGUCAAGGUCCAUUGGAGCGGUACUUCAUGGGUGAGAAGAUGCACGGUUCGAAUGCAGGUAUCUUCACUGCCAACAUGUACCUGGCCGAGGACCGUAUUCUGUGCUUCGAGAUUGUGUCCAAGCGGAACUGCCGUUGGUUGCUGCAGUAUGUCAAGUCAUCGACCGGUGAGACUGAUGUGCCGGAUCGUAUGGCGGAAUUCAUCAUGCAGCGUCGUCGUUGGUUGAACGGUAGUUUUUUCGCGGCUGUGUAUGCCAUUGCCCAUUUCUACCAGAUCUGGCGCAGCGACCAUAGCUUUAUCCGGAAGACUAUGCUGAUGGUUGAGUUUAUUUAUCAAACCAUUGCUAUGCUCUUUGCUUGGUUUGGCAUUGGCAACUUCUUCCUGGUUUUUCAUAUCCUCACGACAUAUCUCGGGGACAAACAACUUCUGGGUACGGCUGGUAAAGUCCUAGGAGUUGUGUUUGAAUGGCUCUACCUCGCAACUCUGGUAACCUGUUUCGUUCUGGCCUUGGGUAACAGACCUGGCGGUUCGAACAAGUUCUACAUGACCAUGGUGUACUUCUGGAUUGGAAUCAUGAUUUACUUGGCUUUUGCUGCGGUGUUCGUGACGGUCCGAUCUAUCCAGCAGGAGGUCCAGGAGGAAGCGUUUACGUUUUCUAAAUUGUUCACAAACAACCAAUUCUUCAGUAUCAUUGUGUCACUUGGUUCGACGUAUGUCAUGUGGUUUAUCGCGUCGUUUAUCUUCCUAGACCCAUGGCACAUGUUUACUUCCUUCAUCCAAUACAUUUUGCUCACCCCCACUUAUAUCAACGUCCUCAACAUCUAUGCCUUCUGCAACACCCACGACAUAACAUGGGGCACAAAAGGCGACGACAAAGCCGAAAAGCUCCCCUCUGCAAACCUCAAACCCGGCGGUAAAGUCGAUGUCAACAUCCCCCAAGACGACGGCGACCUCAACGCGCAAUACGAAGCCGAACUCGCCAAAUUCGCCGUCAAACCACCAAAGGAGGAAAAAUCCAUUCCCGAAGAAGAGCGCCAGGCAGACUACUACAAGGGUUUCCGGAGUGCCGUCGUGCUGGUGUGGGUGUUUUGCAACUUCGCGCUUGCUGCAGUUGUGCUUAAUUCUGCGGGCAUGGAGGAGUUCAGUGAGGAUACUGAGACCACGGAGAAUACGAGGGCGACAAUUUAUAUGGCUGUGAUUCUGUGGAGUGUGGCGGGGAUUUCAAUUUUUAAGUUUAUGGGGGCUAUGUGGUAUUUGGUUGUGAGGAUGUUCCGCGGCGUUUAAUGGAUACCCUUUCCUUUUGUCUACGACUUUUCUUACCUUACGACCCUACAUACCACUGCGGGUUCAGUGAUGGUGACGCUACGGCAUGAUGAUUGAUGAUUGUUUGGAUUGGUUAUUUCUUUUUGAUUCUGGCUUUAACUUUGGGUGGAUUGAGUGCACGGGAUAGAGGAUGUACUCUAUGUAGAUAGAUCACUUAUGACAACUAUGAAUAUACAAUCGGGAUGUCUUAUCCCUAUACUAGUGGAGUUGGCAAUAAGUGGUCAACAUGUAAUCACUCCUUUAAGCAACACUCAGGAACAGGCAACCAAACGAACAUCCUCUACUUUAACCAGCACACUCUCUACUCUCCCCCUCAAGCCACUAUACCCAUACACAGCCCAAAAUGACCAUGAC